AAUAAAACAAAAAAUAGAAAAAGAACUUUUAUUGGAUGAAAUUCAAGAUGAACAGCAAUCACAAUGUGCUAUGUAUGAAGCCGAAUUAAAAACUCUGAGGGAGCAAAAUAAUCAGCAAAGAGAAAUUAACAAAGAUUUGGGUAAUCAAAUCAUAGAAUUAGAGAAAGAAUUAUCUCUUGUAGAAAGUACAAGAGAGACAAUGCAAAAAAAAUUGUAUUUACUUGAAGAAGAAAACAUACAAAUAAAAGAAGAGGCUGCUAGACACAUAACUCAAAUUUCAUCAUUUAAAAUGAGUAAUUUGAAAUUAACACAAGAAUUAGAAGAAACAGUUUCAAAACUUGAGGAAACAAGAGAACUUUAUGAACAGAUUUGUAGUGAAUUGGAAAGUAAUCAGGUUUUUUAUGAAAAUGAAAAAAUGAAAUUUGAACAAACAAUUAGUCAGCAAACCAAAUUAAUAGAUUUCUUACAAACAAAAGCUGAAGGAAUGGAAAAGAAACGUAAAGGAAUGUAUAAAUUCUUUGGAAAUCGCAAAGAAAAUCUUCCUUUAAUACCUCUUCAGUAUCGUGAAUUAAAGGCAAUGCUGGAAAAAGAGCGUUCAAAAUGUCGUCGUUUACAGGAACAGUUAAACAAGGCUAGAAGUGAGAUUUUGGAAUGUCGUGCAGAAUUUAAUCGUAAUCAAUCAAGCUUAGGACUUAAUGGAACAUUUACUAUACCAACAUCACCUUCUUCUCGAGCUGUUCUGUCUGUCUUAACACAUUCUCCAGGUGGAGAUGAUGUAAUAAAUAAUAUGGAAAGUCCAUUAAUGGUUACAAAAGAAGUUGCUAACACUAUUAAAAAACCUCAGGGAGAAAGAAUGAGACAUAACAUUCCACAUCGAUUUCAAGAUUGGUUGUGCAUGCAUGGAAGAAAAUGUGUUGCAUGUCUUGAUAUUAUACAUUUUGGUCGUCAUGCUUCUAAAUGUCAAGAAUGUGAAAUUGUUUGCCAUCCUAAAUGUGCGAGUUCAUUACCUAAUACGUGUGGAAUUCCUCCAGGAUAUGUAGAGCAUUUUACUCAUAGUCUUCAGAAAAAAGAUAAAGCAAAUUAUUUGAAAGCUAUGAAAUCUAUGGAUUCAGAUGAAUCACUUAGUUCUGAUACAAAUAAAGUGGAAGGAUGGAUAAAAGUACCAAGAGCUGGAAAACAAGGUUGGGAGAGGCAUUAUGCUUGUUUAGAAGGAACUAAAAUUUAUAUAUUCGAUAAGGGAGAUAAUGAAGGUGCAUCUUUGUCAUCUACAACAAAACAAAUUGAAUUAUGUCCUUCUGAUGGAGAAAUAACCAUAAAAAGUGCUGUUUCUGCAACUGAAUUAAUUACAACAGCUAAAUCAGAUCUUCCAUAUGUUUUAAAAGUGGAAUUUACACCACACACUACUUGUUGGCCAAAACAGAGCCAUUAUAUCAUGGCACUCAGUUUUCCUGAUAAACAAUUAUGGGUAUCUGCACUAGAAGCAAUUGUACAAAGUAAUAAAGAUGAAACGGAUAGUGUUCAAUCUCAACUUUUGGAUUUUUGUAUUUUGAAACAAACAAAUGAAGUGUGGGAAAUGAAUACAAUAUGUACUUUGUCUGAACAGGAAGCAUUACUUGGAGCUAAGGAAGGUUUAUAUGUUAUAGACUUACUUGAUCUUUCAAUGAAAAGUGUUAAGUAUAAACUUGAGAAUUUUCAUCAUGUUUACCAGAUUUCAGUCGUAAAUCAGCUUAAUCUGAUUAUUGUUAUAUCAGGGGAAGAAAGAGAAUUAUGGAUGUUCGAUUUGAAAGAAUUAGAAGAGAAAAUGGAGAAUGGCAGAUUUGAUGAACCUCUGAAACAAAGACCUGUAUUAAAUUUAACUGGUUGUCAUUUAUUUUCAACUUCAGAGGAUUUUGUUUGUGCAGCAACUGAAAAAACAGUAUAUCUAAUGAAAUGGAAUUAUCAAAUGGAAUUUUUUCAGAAAUUAGAAAAUUGGUCAUUUCCUGAAACUUGUAGUUGCAUGUUGUUUACGAAAAAUUCAGUAAUUCUUGGAGCUGACAAAUUCUAUGAAAUAGAUUUAAAAGAUUAUUCUUUAGAAGAAUUUUUAGAUAGUACUGAUACAUCCCUUGCAUUUUUAAUUUAUGGAGCUUUACAACUAAAUAGUUUUCCAGUUGCCAUUUUUAAUGUUAAUCCUUCUAGCAAACCGGAGGAAUAUUUACUUUGUUUUCAUGAACUUGGAGUCUUUGUUGAUAGUUAUGGAAGAAGAACAAGAGAAGAUGAAAUAAAUUGGACAAAAUUACCAUUUGCAUUUUCUUUCCAAAAACCCUAUUUAUUCAUCACACACUUCAAUGCUGUGGAAGUAGUAAAGAUUUCUGGUGAGGAUGAAAAAAUGUUGCAAACAUCAUUUCCAAUACAUAAUCCCCAAUAUUUGGGCAAAGCAACAAAUUUUUCUAUAUAUAUUAGUACAAAAAAUGAUAAAGAGCAGUUGGUUUUGCGCCUCAAAGGUAAUUUUGCAUCAGAAAUAAUUACUCAAGAAGAAGUAUAUCCCAUUUGAUGAAUUAGUGAGACAGAAUCUUUAGGGACAGAAUUUUUAUUUACUCCAUCUCUCCUGCAAUCUUUAGUAGGUUCGUCUAUUGAAAAUACAUUAGAUUGUUCCAAUAUUACAGAUAUUACUGCAGACAGUAAAAUGACUUCGGUAUAGUAAUAAUGUGAAAAACCAUUUUAAGGAGUUUUGUAAACAUUAUCACAUUGUUUGUAUUUUAUGUAUUGCCUUAUUGUUAAUGUUUAUAAAUGUGAUUUUAACUUAAUGUUUGAAUUAAAAAUUUUAUGAUA